UUCAUCCAGUAGGAGAGGAGAAAGGGAUCUGGGCAUGGAGGACCAAGAGUCUAAGCUGCCGAUGGACCCGGAAAUCUGCUUCGAUCCGCUGUUCAUCGAUGAGGAAGACCAGUAUGGGGAUGAGGGUGUUGAAGAGGAGACCGGCGCUUCCUUCCAGCCUCUCCUGGGAGUUACCAGUACAAAAACACUCCUGACUGGCUCGGCUCACAGUCAGUCCUCCCUGUGGGAUACCUACAGGGACACACACUUGGAUGAGACAAAAACCCAGUUCAAGGACCCCAUGUUUAGGAGUGUAGGUGAAACUAGAGACUCCUUUGGGCCUCACCUAUUGGCGACCGACACCAACACACACCUAAGUGGGUUAGGACAGAUCCAGCCACACCUUAGUGGGUUAGGACAGAUCCAGCCACACCUUAGUGGGUUAGGACAGAUCCAGCCACACCUUAGUGGGUUAGGACAGAUCCAGCCACACCUUAGUGGGUUAGGACAGAUCCAGCCACACCUUAGUGGGUUAGGACAGAUCCAGCCACACCUUAGUGGGUUAGGACAGAUCCAGCCACACCUUAGUGGGUUAGGACAGAUCCAGCCACACCUUAGUGGGUUAGGACAGAUCCAGCCACACCUGAGGGAGAUGGAUGACCUGUUGAAGAGUUGUGAGGACAUGACAGGCGUGUCCUUCGACUCUCAGCUGUCCACCAGGUACACAGACACACACCUGAGUGGACCAGCUCAGGACCAGAACCAGUCGGACAUACAGAAGAUGGAUGCCAUGAUGGGGAGCUGUGGUGGGAAUGAUAGUCCCACACGUGCCACCAUCCUGACCUACACAGACACACACACGGAGAACCAGUGCCAAAGUCACCUGAAGGAGGUGGAAUCCAUUUUGGAUCAGAGUGGAGCCACAGGAGCCGCUGUCCAGCCUCAGUUGCCUCCUCUUACCUCCGCAGGCACUCAGCUGAGUGGCACUAUGGCUGAGUAUCAGACAGAGCUAAUGGCGAUGCUGGCCAUGUUAGAGAACUGUAUGGAGGAGGCAGGGAUUACCUUUGACCCUUUAGAGUGGACUUACCCCAGCUUACCCAAAGGAUAUGGCCAACCCAACCCCAACAUGAAUAAGGGAACACAAGACAGACACGUGGAGAGAGGAGUAGCAAUGCAACGACACAUGGAGUCUGUGGGGAAUACCAAGACUGGAGGACUGGAGUCUGGGGGAUGUGUGGAUCUGAAGCCAUAUUUGGGCAGUACCUUCGGCCAAUUUGAGCCCCCAAGCUACCAAGCUAUCUCCACAGAAAGACACUCAGAUGAGUUAGGAGGCUGUGGAGAGACACACACAAGAGGACACAUGUCCAGGGUGUGUGAAGAGGACACAGAAGGACAUGUCUCCGGUGUGUCUCUGGGGGACACAGAGGCUCACAUUAUGUGGGGCCAACAACUAGAGACAGGGGUGGGACGGGUGGAGUUGAGGGGUUCCGUGCAGGAGUUGGAAGUGUUGGGGACUGUGCUGGAGGGGUGCAUCGAGGAGGUGGGGAGGCUGGAGAAGAGACGGGAUGAACUGAUGGGAGAGCUAAAGGCACUAAGGGAGGAGAAGACUGGGACAGAGGAAGGGAGUGAAGGAGGGCAGGCGGCACAGUUAAGGCAGGUGCUGAAUAUUGAGGCAGAUGGGAGGAGGGAGGCACGGGUUAAGGAGUGGCAGUCUUUGAGGGCUGAGAGGAGUGAGGAGCAGAGGAGGCUGUCCAGUGUGCGUCUGGAGAGGCAGGGUCUUCAGGAGGAGAUGAGGAGGCUAAAGAGGAGGCUGUUCUCUGUCGCCAGGGAGAGUGCUCACAACCAGGUCAUCCUGGCAACCCAGCAGCGUGAGGUUGCCCAGCUAAACAAAGAACAGAUGGAACUUGACACACUGAUCAUCCAGCUGACUGAGGAUGUGUCUCAGCUCCGCUCCACCCACCAGACCCAGCUCUCCACCCUGCAGUCCCAGCUCCAGACCCCCAGCCAGACACCCAACCCCAUAGAGGAGCUGACCCAGAGCAAGAGGAACUCCUGUGGGGACAUACAGCAGUACCUGCAGGGGAGUCUCAAGGCCCUGGAGGAACGGUAUGAGCCAAUGCUGCUGGCCCUGUUGAAGAGGAGGGAGGGGACAUCAGAGGCCCUGGUGAAGGCCAGGCAGCAGGCCCAGGAGCUGAGGACCCGCCGGGGGCCCCUGAGGGAGGAGGGACAGAGGCUGGGGCUGCAGAGGGCCUGCCUGGAGGAGAGACUCAAACUGAUGGAGACCCACAGGAGAGAGGACGUGGAGCAGUACAGGGAGACAGUGGACAGGCUGGAGGAGACUAGCAGAGAGCAGAAGAUGGAGCUGCAGAUCCAGAAAAGGAAAACCAAGGAGAUGGAGGAACUGAGAGACAGCCUUACUAAAGAACUCUACCUGUACAGAGGCAAUGUCGAGGACGAUAACAAGAAUGAUCUAACCAGUGUGAAGGAGAAAACAUGACCAUUGGGACAAAUAGAAGUCAAAUAUACACUGAGUGUACAAAACAUUAAGAACACCUUCCUACUAUUGAGUUGCAC